CAAAGGGCGGGCCCUAAAAAUCACAGUCCCCUCUGGGGAACGUGUCUAUAGGGCGGUUCUGGCCCAUUGAGCCAGUCCAGACGAAGCUUCGGAAGGAUAGGUUGGGGCAUGGGCCAGUCUUCUGUCGGGCAGCGUUUGAGGCAGCCCCAUCGGGGUCCUCUUGGGGCCUACCUCCCUUUGAAGUUUAGUGGCGGGUGGGCUCACUGCUGCCUGCUCUUCUCAGAGUGGGAUCCGCCAUCUCCAUGGCCAUGGCUGGGAGCCGUCCCUGCGCGGGUGCGUCGCGGGACACUCUGUGGCGCGUUUUAGGCUGGAGGAUAGUUGCAAGUGUUGUUUGGUCAGUGCUGCUUCUACCCGUCUGUAUGACAGUAUUUAUAAUCUUUAGCACCAUUGAUUUAUUUCAUCCAAUACAGUGGCUGUCAGAUUUUUUCAAUGAUCUGUAUAGUUCGUAUGUAAUCUUUUACCUCCUGCUGCUCUCAGCAGUAGUAGUGAUAAUAAAUAUUUUCAAUGUGGAGUUUUAUACAGUUGUGCCUUGCAUUCCCUGCUCCAGACUGGCAUUGAUAGGGAAGAUCAUUCAUCCUCAGCAGGUCAUGCAUUCAUUUAUCCAUGCUUCUAUGGGAAUGGUGAUGGCUUGGUGUGCUGCAGUGAUAACCAAGGGUCAAUACAGUUUUCUUGUGGUUCCUUGCACAGGUGCUGAGAGCUUAGAUAGUCCUGUUGCACAAACCUGCUUAAAUGAAUAUCACCUGUUUUUCCUACUGGCUGGAGCAUUCAUGGGCUAUAGCUAUAGCCUUCUGUAUUUUAUCAACAACAUGAAUUAUCUUCCAUUUCCCAUUAUUCAGCAAUACAAAUUCUUGCGCUUUAGGAGAUCUCUGCUCUUACUAGUUAAACAUAGUUGUGUGGAAUCACUAUUCCUGGUUAGAAAUUUCUGCAUCUUAUAUUACUUUCUGGGCCAUAUUCCCAAAGCUUGGAUUAGCACCGCCAUGGACCUUCAGAGAGAUAAGCAGUUACAUCCUCUUGACACAGUGAGUGGUCUCUUGAAUCUCUCAUUGCUCUACCAUGUCUGGCUAUGUGGUGUCUUUCUCCUAACGACUUGGUACAUUUCAUGGAUACUCUUCAAAAUCUAUGCUACAGAGGCUCAUCUGUUUCCUGUUCAGCCACCAUUUGCAGAAGAGUCAGAUGAGUGCCUCCCAAAAGUGUUAAACAGCAAUCCUCCCCUCAUCAUAAAGUAUUUGGCCCUGCAGGACCUGAUGUUGCUCUCCCAGUAUUCUCCUUCACGAAGACAAGAAGUUUUUAGUCUUAGCCAACCAGGUGGACAUCCCCACAAUUGGACGGCAAUUUCAAGGGAGUGUUUGAAUCUUUUAAAUGAUAUGACUCAGAAACUGGUUCUCUACCAAGAAGCUGCUGCUACGAAUGGGAGAAUGGUGUCUUCAUCAUACCCUGUGGAACCUAAGAAAUUGAACUCUCCAGAAGAAAUUACCUUUCAGACACCAAAAUCUAUCCAGAUGACUCGACCUUCAGUGCCACCAUUAGUUAAAACAUCGUUGUUUUCUUCAAAAUUAUCUAUACCUGAUGUUGCGGGUUCUCUUGGGACCCCUUUUGGCUCUAGUGUAAUGAACCGAAUGGCUGGAAUUUUUGAUGUAAACACCUGCUAUGGGUCACCUCAGAGUCCUCAACUAAUAAGAAGAGGGCCAAGAUUAUGGACUUAUGCAUCUGAUCAGCAAAUGACUGAAUUUUCUAAUCCUUCUCCAUCUACCUUUGUUAGUGCUGAGGGUAAGACAUUGGGACAGCCCAGUGUUAUUUAUUCAUGGAUUCAGAAUAAACGUGAACAGAUUAAGAACUUUUUGUCAAAACGGGUGCUGAUAAUGUAUUUUUUCAGUAAGCACCCGGAGGCCUCCAUUCAGGCAGUUUUUUCAGAUGCUCAAAUGCAUAUUUGGGCAUUAGAAGGUCUGUCUCACCUAGUAGCAGCAUCAUUUACAGAAGAUAGAUUUGGAGUUGUCCAGACUACGUUACCAGCUAUUCUUAAUACUUUACUGACGCUGCAAGAGGCAGUUGACAAGUACUUCAAACUUCCUCAUGCUUCUAGUAAACCACCUCGGAUUUCAGGAAGCCUUGUGGACACUUCUUAUAAAACAUUAAGAUUUGCAUUUAGAGCAUCACUAAAAACUGCCAUCUAUCGAAUAACUACUACUUUUGGUGAACAUCUGAAUGCUGUGCAAGCAUCUGCAGAACAUCAGAAAAGACUUCAGCAGUUCUUGGAGUUCAAAGAAUAGUUAAGUAAUAUAAACUGUGUUCAUUACACUGCUGAUACAACUACAGAUGGGACAGUAAAUGUUCAGCAUUCUUGGAUCAGAAGAAAAUGGACUAAUUAGACGCUUCCUUUGUCGUGGUGGUUGCUUUGAAAACUAUACUUUAAUGGGAGAAAUCAUGGAAAGAAAUUCUCAACAGAAUAACCAAAAACUGCCUUUUCUGUACCGAUUGCUUUUUGUGUGUGUGGUAUAAUAAAGUCUUUAUUCAAUUUUACAGAA